AGUUUGACCUUUUCCUACUAUGCAGUGUCACCGCCGUGUCACCACACCCCCUCCCCCUCCGCCCUACUGCCUUACCUCUCCUGCAACAACUCCUCUCUACGACCACCCCAGUGUUUCCAUGAUCGACAGCAGCCGAGAUUUCUCUCGUCGAACUCGAAUCACCGAGAGACUUCACGACCAGAUCCUUCUAAGUCUAGAUGACCACGACAGAGCUCUGUGGAGGGAAGCUGAAUGGGCAGUCUCGAGUAAAGGGGUUAAUCACGGCACAGAGGGAUGCUACUACUACCGAGAUAGCCCUUACCCCACCCGAGUAAUUCGGCAAAUUCCCGAAACUGUCGGAAGUUGCCGAUCUGAGAUUUCGAUGAUACCCUUCGGGGUCUUGGCCUGCCUCCAGCUCGAUACGAUAGAGGAGCCCCCACUACCAAGCCGUCUCAAGCCAGGUAGAAGACGCGUAUGCAAUAGGUCGACUUCAAGUAGUAGUGACUGGGAAAGGAGUACUGAGGCCGGCAGCUCCUCUGAGGGGGGCUCUGACUUUUCCGCAUAAGAAUAUGUACUAUACCAUGUAGCUUCUGCAAGAGGGCAGUCGGCAAUGCUACAACGAUUGAAAGGGUUUUCGGUGUAGUUUACCCCCAAUGUACUACUUGUCUUCGCUUCACUGCUGUUCCUGUAUUCCGACAAAUAGAAGUGAAGUUUAUGUAACUUUUGUCGUUGUAAGUAGUAGACUAUUGCUGGUGACCAAAUGCGAUCAUUUAUUGUACUAUUGACGAAGAGGCAGAGGACAUUCUGCAUAGUUGUUAUUUCAUCCGAUACAUUACACAGGGAAAUGCUUCCCCU